UGCCAGCAGCGUGUAUGUGUGCGAAUAGCAAAAACAAUUUCCAAUUUGGAUUGGGUGUGUCCUGAGGGCGUUAUUGAAAUGAGUUUGCAUUCUCUCAGCAGCCGUUAGUCACUGACGUGCAUUCGGUGGAAAACAUUCAAGUUAUCGAACGUCAUGUCGAACAUUAAGCUGUACACGGCCAAGCUCAGCCCACCGGGCCGGGCUGUGGAGCUAACGGCGAAGGCAUUGGGGCUUAAACUCGACAUCAUACCGAUCAACCUGAUUGCUGGGGAUCACCUGAAGGAGGAGUUUGUGAAAAUGAACCCUCAGCACACGAUCCCGCUUAUUGACGAUAAUGGUACGAUCGUGUAUGAAAGCCACGCAAUCAUUGUGUAUUUGGUGACCAAAUAUGGCAAGCCAAAUGAUCCGCUCUAUCCGGAGGAUGUUGUGACACGCUCCAAGGUCAAUGGAGGUCUUCACUUCGAGUCGGGUGUUCUGUUUGCCAGGAUGAGGUUCUACAUGGAACCGAUCUUGUACUACGGAUCUACGGAAACGCCUCAGGAGAAGAUCGACAACGUGUUCCGGGCGUAUCAGCUGCUAAAUGACACCCUAACCGGGGAUUACAUUGCGGGUAAUCAGAUGACGCUGGCGGAUUUAAGCUGCAUCUCCAGCAUCGCCUCGAUACAUGAAAUUUUCCCGAUCGACAGUGGAAAAUACCCGCAGCUAGCUGGUUGGGUGAAGCGACUGGAAAAGCUGCCCUACUACAAGGAAACCAACCUCGAGGGUGCUCAAGAGCUGGCAGAACUGUACCGCACAAAAUUGGCCGAGAACCGCUCCAAAGCGAAGUAAAACCAUCGCGUUUGAGGAGCGAAAAACAUGGCAAACAAUCAUAAAAAUAGAACUUUCUUGACACCAGUUCAAGGCACACUUUGAUCAGAUUUGUGAAAGCAAUUGUUGAGCAAAUAGCAGUUUAUUUGCAUGCUUUCCCCGUUUGUAAACGUUGAGCCGCACUUGAUCACUUUUUCCCAAUAAAAACUUCUUCGG